UUCUACAGUCUUAAAUAAACACUUUUUAAAUGUCAAAAUGUAGGUGAUUAACCAUGGGGGAUGCUUUCAUGGAGGAGUUUUAUUUUUUUCCCCGAUGUCUGAAUUAGGAUAAGGUGAUUAAGCAUGGGGGAUGCAGCGAUGGCAGAGUUUGGGGCGGCGGCUCCGUUUCUGAGGAAGUCAGAUAUGGAGCGUCUGGAGGCCCAGACUCGCCCCUUUGACAUCAAGAAGGCCUGCUUUGUGGUGGACCCUGAGGUUGAGUACGUAAAAGGGAUGAUCCAAGCCAGAGAGGGGGACAGAGUCUGUGUUGAAACUGAGUUUGGAAAGACUGUCACCGUGAAGGAGACUGAUGUCCACCAACAGAACCCGCCAAAGUUCGAUAAAAUUGAGGACAUGGCGAUGUUCACCUUCCUGCAUGAGCCUGCUGUGCUGUUUAACCUCAAAGAGCGUUAUGCAGCCUGGAUGAUCUAUACCUACUCUGGGUUGUUCUGUGUCACUGUCAAUCCCUACAAGUGGUUGCCAGUAUACAACCAGGAAGUUGUUGUUGCCUACAGAGGCAAGAAGAGGACUGAAGCUCCUCCUCACAUCUUCUCCAUUUCUGACAAUGCUUACCAAUACAUGCUGUCAGACAGAGAGAACCAGUCUGUCCUUAUCACUGGAGAAUCUGGUGCUGGAAAGACUGUUAACACCAAAAGAGUGAUCCAGUACUUUGCCAGCAUUGCAGCAUCCCCUGGAAAGAAGGAUAAGGUGGAUGAAAAAAAGGGUACCCUGGAGGAUCAAAUCAUCCAGUGCAACCCUGCCCUGGAAGCCUUUGGUAAUGCAAAGACCAUCAGGAAUGACAAUUCGUCCCGAUUCGGUAAAUUCAUCAGGAUCCACUUUGCUGCUAGUGGCAAACUUGCCUCUGCUGAUAUUGAAACAUAUCUUCUGGAGAAGUCUCGGGUGACUUUCCAGCUAAAGGCUGAGAGAGAUUACCACAUCUUCUACCAGAUCCUCUCUCAGAGGAAACCAGAACUGCUAGAGAUGUUGCUGAUCACAAACAACCCCUAUGAUUACGCCUUCAUCUCCCAAGGAGAGACUCAAGUAGCAUCUAUUGAUGAUGGGGAUGAACUGCAAGCAACUGAUGACGCUUUUGAUGUGCUGGGCUUUACUCAAGAUGAGAAAAACGGCAUUUACAAGUUGACUGGUGCCAUUAUGCAUUUUGGCAACACCAAGUUCAAGCAGAAGCAGAGAGAGGAGCAGGCAGAAGCUGAUGGAACUGAAGAUGCUGACAAAUAUGCCUACCUCAUGGGCCUGAACUCUGCUGACCUCAUCAAGGCGUUGUGCCACCCAAGGGUCAAAGUAGGAAACGAGUGGGUCACCAAGGGACAAAAUGUCCAGCAGGUGUACUACUCUAUUGGUGCACUGUCCAAGUCAGUGUAUGAAAAGAUGUUCUUGUGGAUGGUGAUCAGAAUCAACCAACAAUUGGACACCAAACAACCUCGUCAGUACUUCAUUGGUGUGCUGGACAUUGCUGGAUUUGAGAUAUUUGAUUUCAAUACCUUUGAGCAACUCUGCAUCAACUUCACUAAUGAGAAGCUGCAGCAGUUCUUCAACCACCACAUGUUUGUGCUGGAGCAAGAGGAAUACAAGAAGGAGGGGAUUGAGUGGACGUUCAUUGACUUUGGCAUGGACUUGGCUGCCUGCAUUGAACUCAUUGAAAAACCCAUGGGUAUCAUGUCCAUCCUUGAAGAGGAGUGCAUGUUCCCCAAGGCCAGUGAUGCCACAUUUAAAGCCAAGCUUUAUGACAACCACUUGGGCAAAAAUGCCUGCUUCCAGAAGCCAAGAAUUGUCAAGGGGAAACCAGAGGGUCAUUUCUCCCUAGUUCACUAUGCUGGCACUGUUGACUACAACAUUGGCAACUGGCUAGUGAAGAACAAGGACCCCCUCAAUGAGACUGUGGUUGGUCUCUACCAGAAGUCAACUGUUAAGCUUUUGGCUGCCCUGUUUGCUGGAUAUGCUGGGGCUGAUUCUGUACAUUCGGAGACUACAGAGAGCAAGGAAAGUGGUGGCAAGAAGAAGAAAGGAUCUUCUUUCCAGACUGUGUCAGCCCUGCACAGAGAGAACCUGAACAAGCUGAUGACCAACCUGAGGUCAACUCACCCCCACUUUGUGCGCUGCAUCAUCCCCAACGAGUCCAAAACUCCUGGGGCUAUGGAGAAUCCAUUGGUCAUGCACCAGCUGCGCUGUAACGGCGUUCUGGAAGGCAUCAGAAUCUGCAGAAAGGGCUUCCCCAAUAGAAUCCUGUAUGGAGAUUUUAAACAGAGAUACCGUAUCCUCAACCCAAAUGCCAUCCCAGAGGGACAGUUUAUGGACAACAAGAAGGCUGCAGAAAAACUGCUGGGCAGCUUGGACAUAGACCAUGAACAGUACAAGCUGGGACAUACUAAGGUGUUCUUCAAGGCUGGUCUGCUGGGAGUUCUUGAAGAGAUGAGAGACGAUCGUCUUGCUCUCAUCAUCACUGGUAUUCAAGCAAGAUCUAGAGGUCUUCUGGCGAGAAUUGAAUUCCAGAAGAUUGUUGAGCGCAGAGACGCACUGCUGGUGAUCCAGUGGAACGUCCGUGCAUUCAUGGGUGUCAAGAAUUGGCCCUGGAUGAAGAUGUACUUCAAGAUCAAGCCCCUGCUGAAAUCAGCUGAAGCUGAGAAGGAGAUGGCCAACAUGAAGGAAGAAUUCAUUAAACUGAAGGAGGCCUAUGCUAAAUCUGAGGCCCGGAGAAAAGAGCUUGAAGAGAAAAUGGUUUCAAUUGUCCAAGAGAAGAAUGACCUACAGCUUCAAGUUCAAACUGAACAAGACAGUCUCUGUGAUGCUGAGGAGCGGUGUGAGGGUUUGAUCAAGAACAAGAUUCAACUUGAGGCCAAAGCCAAAGAGUUGACUGAGAGACUUGAAGAUGAGGAGGAGAUGAAUUCAGAGCUGACUGCUAAGAAGAGGAAGUUAGAGGAUGAGUGCUCUGAGCUCAAGAAAGACAUUGAUGACUUGGAGCUCACACUGGCUAAAGUGGAAAAGGAGAAACAUGCUACUGAGAACAAGGUUAAAAACCUGACUGAGGAGAUGGCAGCUCUUGAUGAAAUCAUUGCCAAGCUGACCAAGGAGAAGAAAGCUCUUCAAGAGGCUCACCAGCAAACGCUGGAUGACCUUCAGAGUGAGGAGGACAAAGUCAACACUCUGACCAAGGCCAAAACCAAGCUGGAGCAGCAAGUUGAUGAUCUUGAAGGAUCAUUGGAACAGGAGAAGAAACUAAGAAUGGAUCUUGAGAGGGCUAAGAGAAAGCUUGAGGGUGACUUAAAGUUGUCCCAGGAGAAUGUAAUGGAUCUAGAGAAUGACAAACAGCAAAUGGAAGAAAGGCUCAAAAAGAAAGACUUUGAGAUCAGUCAGCUAAAUAGCAAGAUUGAAGAUGAGCAAGCCAUGGCAGCCCAGCUCCAGAAGAAACUGAAGGAGCUUCAGGCCCGCAUUGAGGAGCUUGAGGAAGAGCUGGAAGCUGAGCGAGCUGCCCGAGCCAAAGUGGAGAAGCAGCGAGCUGACCUGGCCAGAGAGCUGGAGGAGAUCAGUGAGAGGCUGGAGGAGGCCGGAGGUGCCACUGCAGCCCAAAUUGAAAUGAACAAGAAGAGGGAGGCUGAAUUCCAAAAGCUGCGCAGAGACCUUGAAGAGUCAACUCUGCAACAUGAGGCAACUGCUUCCACACUGAGGAAGAAGCAUGCAGAUAGCGUAGCUGACCUUGGGGAGCAGAUUGAUAACCUUCAGAGAGUGAAACAGAAGCUUGAGAAGGAGAAAAGUGAACUCCGCCUGGAGCUGGAUGAUGUUGUUUCCAACAUGGAGCAAGUUGCUAAGACCAAGGCAAACUUAGAGAAGAUGUGCAGGACUUUGGAGGAUCAGAUGACUGAAUACAGAACCAAGUUUGAAGAAGGCCAACGCAGCAUCAAUGACUUCACCAUGCAAAAAGCUAAGCUUACAACUGAAAAUGGUGAGCUGGCUCGGCAGAUGGAGGAGAAAGACUCUCUUGUCUCUCAGCUAACUAGAGGCAAGCAGUCAUACACCCAGCAGAUUGAAGACCUUAAGAGACAACUGGAGGAGGAAGUCAAGGCUAAAAAUGCCCUAGCCCAUGCAGUGCAGUCUGCUCGCCAUGACUCUGACCUCCUAAGAGAGCAAUAUGAGGAGGAGCAGGAGGCCAAGGCUGAACUGCAGCGCAGUCUGUCCAAGGCCAACUCUGAGGUGGCUCAGUGGAGGACCAAGUAUGAGACUGAUGCCAUCCAGAGGACUGAGGAGUUGGAAGAUUCCAAGAAGAAGCUGGCUCAGCGUCUGCAAGAUGCAGAGGAAGCUGUGGAAGCUGUCAAUGCCAAAUGCUCCUCCCUGGAGAAAACUAAGCAUAGACUACAGAAUGAGAUUGAAGAUCUCAUGGUAGAUGUGGAGAGAUCCAAUUCUGCUGCAAAUGCACUGGACAAGAAGCAAAGAAACUUUGAUAAGGUCCUGGCUGAGUGGAAGCAGAAGUACGAAGAGUCCCAGACUGAGUUGGAGGGCUCCCAGAAAGAGGCCAGAUCUCUUGGCACUGAGCUCUUUAAACUAAAGAACUCAUAUGAAGAAUCUUUGGAUCACUUGGAGACUAUGAAGAGGGAGAACAAAAACUUGCAAGAGGAGAUUUCUGAUCUCACUGAGCAACUUGGUGAGACCGGAAAGAGCAUCCAUGAACUUGAGAAGUCCAGAAAGACCCUUGAGCAAGAAAAAUCUGAGAUUCAGACUGCUUUGGAGGAAGCAGAGGGCUCCCUAGAACACGAGGAGGGGAAGAUCCUUAGAGCUCAGCUGGAAUUCAAUCAAGUCAAAGCUGACAUUGAACGUAAGCUUGCUGAGAAGGAUGAGGAGAUGGAGCAGGCAAAGAGGAACCAGUCGAGAGUGGUGGACACCCUGCAGAGCUCCCUGGAGUCUGAGACUCGCAGCAGGAAUGAGGCUCUCAGAGUGAAAAAGAAGAUGGAGGGAGACCUCAAUGAGAUGGAGAUCCAGCUUAGCCAAGCCAACAGGCAGGCAGCUGAGGCUCAAAAGCAACUCAAGGGUCUCUAUGGACAUCUGAAGGAUUCUCAACUGCACCUGGAUGAAUCCCAGCGUGCUAACGAUGAUCUCAAAGAGAACAUUGCCAUUGUGGAGAGACGCAACAAUCUGUUGCAGGCUGAACUGGAUGAGCUGAGAUCCUUGGUAGAGCAGACUGAGAGAGGCAGGAAACUGGCUGAACAGGAGCUGCUUGAUGUCAGCGAAAGAGUGCAGCUGCUCCACUCUCAGAACACCAGCCUUUUGAAUCAAAAGAAGAAGCUGGAGGGUGAUACAUCCCAGCUGCAGAAUGAGGUGGAGGAGGCUGUAGGAGAGUCCAGGAAUGCUGAGGAGAAAGCCAAGAAGGCCAUCACUGAUGCUGCCAUGAUGGCAGAGGAGCUGAAGAAGGAGCAGGACACCAGUGCUCACCUGGAGCGCAUGAAGAAGAACAUGGAGCAGACCAUUAAGGACCUGCAGCACCGCCUGGAUGAAGCUGAGCAAAUCGCCAUGAAGGGUGGCAAGAAGCAGAUUCAGAAGUUGGAGUCAAGGGUGAGGGAGCUAGAAUCUGAAGUGGAGAUGGAGCAACGUAAGGCAGGUGACUCUGUUAAAGGGAUCCGUAAAUAUGAGCGUCGCAUCAAGGAGCUCACCUACCAGACUGAGGAGGACAAGAAGAAUCUGCAUCGUCUUCAGGAUCUGGUUGACAAGCUGCAGCUGAAGGUCAAAUCCUACAAGAGAACAGCAGAGGAGGCUGAGGAGCAGGCCAACGGCACUUUGACCAAGUUCCGCAAGCUGCAGCAUGAGCUGGAUGAGGCUGAGGAGAGAGCUGACAUAGCUGAGUCUCAGGUCAAUAAGAUGAGAGCCAAGAGCCGUGACACAGGGGGCAAGAAAGGACAAGUUGAGGAGUGAAGAUCCUCCUGAAGAUCUCCCACAUCCUUGUGUUCUGGCCUCUGAGGUUUCUGUAGUGAUGUAGCCAGGCCAGACCCUCCCAGUGACACAACACCUUCAGCGUUGCUUCUAGUCAGGCCAGGAGCAAUACAAAUAUUGUUUCUGAGCUCUGGAAAAAUCGGGAACUCCUCCCACUUUGUUGGGAAAUAAACAAACAGUAGCAAAUCAAGGGAGGUGGGUCAACCAUGACGUUUGGGAAAUGUUAAUUGUUAUGUUCUUUGUCAGACCAAGUCUCGAAGAGAUUUGAUAGCCGGUGAUUAUCAGGCUAGUAGUGAUAUAGAAUAAAUGAAAAUGCAAAAAGCAACUCUGGACUUGUUUCAAUUAAUUGUUUUAAGCAUGUUUAGCUCAAGGUUACACACACUGAACAGUUCAUCUCUCAAUUCAACAUAAUCAAUUUCUUACAACAACAGCAUGACACAUCUACAACAACAUCAACAACAACAAGGAUGUAAAUUGAAGGAACAUUCUUGCCGAUUUCAACAGUCAGUUGUACUGACCACAAUACUCUAUUGUACCCUGUUACUAUGUUUAUCAUUUUUGAGAUCCUGUCCAUUCUAGUGGAUUCAAGGGUUUGUUUACAUUUUUAUGUCUUAACAUACAAAUAUCACCCAAAAGUUAUGCAGCAUUAGCAGACACCUUACAGCAAUUACUAUUGGGGUGAUACUUGAGUGUAACGGAUGCCAACUAGCAGAGUUUGGCACAGAACAUUAGCAAGCCUCCCUCUUAAACCAAAACUUUGGCUCAGCGGUAUGGUGCUGGGCCUCCCAUGCCCGAGCUGGAGAGUUGAGUGGUAGGUAGCGGGUUCGAGCCUUGCUUGGUGAACUAGUACAAAUGACCUCAGUUACUUACACCACACACUUAUUACUGUAAACAUGGCCAGGGAUCUCACAAAUGGUAGUUCAAAAAAUGUUGCAUCGUCAGAUUAGUAAAUUGAGGGUAGCAUAUGUAAUACAUCAACAUGUUGAAAUUAGCCGGAAUUCUCCUGUAAUGCAUAUCAUCUAUUUCCCAGAUACAUAGUAAUAGUUGAAAUAGCACCGUAGUUGUCUUUUAUGAACAAUGUUGCACCACAAUUUUCCCUCUGUGACAUUUUUUUUCAGCCACACCACACCCAACCCACAGUGAAUA